AGAAAGCAUCACUUAUGAUAAUGUAAAAGCUUAGAUUGACGUAAAAGCGGACUCCACUUUAAAGCUCAAAAUCAUACAGAUUUGUAAACAGAAGCGUUGCGAUGACAUUCUUUGGAUAUCUUUUGGUUCGUGAGUAUUUUCUUCAAUUACUCUGCUGGGAUGUCAAUGGCUCACUCGGCUCAUUGCUCCGCCCAUCAUGUUUGUCGUAAAUCUACAGUGUGUAAAGAAUACAGCAGAAAUAAGAGCGCCCAGGAUUCUCUCUCUCUCUCCAAGGCGAUCAGAGAGCGCGGUUACGCACGACGGACAUUUGACGGUUGCGCGCACAUCCACGGGCUUGUGGCAGCUUCAGCGAACUCGGUGGCGAGCUGAACCAUGUCAUUGAGCCCCAAACAUUCAACUCCUUUCUCAGUGAGCGAUAUUUUGAGCCCGAUCGAGGAGACCUUUAAGAAGUUUGCAGGCAUGGAGAGCACGGCGAGCCUGGCGUCUCCUCUGUACAGACAGACUCAGGUGUCUCAGUCAAACCUGCAGCAGCACAACAUGAGCCAUAACGCCUAUCACAUGCAACACUCUCAGUUCUCACACAGCGCAAUGGGAAGCUACUGCAACGGGACCAUUGGCACCAUGGGAGAGCUGCCUUCAUACCAGGAGAGCAUGAGGAACGGCGCGACGGCGACGGCUUGGUACGGCUCGAACCCAGAGCCAAGAUAUCCAACAAUUUCCAGGUUUAUGGGCCCAUCAGCGGGAAUGAACAUGGGAACUUUAUCAGGAAUGGACGCGAGUAAAUCUAUGGUGACUCUACACGCUGCGCCCCGAAGGAAGCGUCGCGUUCUCUUCUCUCAAGCGCAGGUGUACGAGCUCGAGCGACGAUUUAAACAGCAGAAAUAUCUGUCGGCUCCGGAGAGAGAACACUUGGCCAGCAUGAUUCACCUGACACCGACCCAGGUGAAGAUCUGGUUCCAGAACCACAGGUACAAAAUGAAACGCCAGGCGAAGGACAAAACCGUGCAACAGCAGGACACCAGCGGAAACCUUUGCGCGCAACAGUCGCCGAGGCGCGUCGCCGUGCCCGUGCUCGUUAAAGACGGUAAACCGUGUCAAAACGGCUCCAGUACACCGACAGCUGUCCAUCAGCAGAUAAUGAGCAGUGAGACUUUAGCUUCAGCGGAGGAUUUAGAUGAGAUGUCACCGAGUCCACCUCUGAUGAACAACAUCUCUCAGACUGAUGCUGCGCUCAUGGAGUACACCAGUAACAUGAUGAGCUCAAACCUGCUGUACGGCAGAACAUGGUGAUGUUCCACAAAUCCACUGCUGCCGUGCAAAGACAGACUGAAUUUCUAGAGACACGCGGUUUUUCAAUGGUUUUUAAACACGCGGAGCUCAUCUGUUGAUAUGGAUUGAUGAUUAUUGUAUGAAAGAGACUGAACACCUAAAAAAAAAAGGUGAUGAUGGAUUCACCAAACAUCAGUUGUGUUGCAUUUGUAAAAUACAAGCUGUAGAUGAAGAAAUGUUGUUUAUAAAUAUCUAACAAAAUGGACGACGAUUGUUUUAUUCAAGUCUUUUGUAAGUUUAAAUGAAAAACAUGAAUGCUACACAUGUGUGAGAUAAAGAGCUCAUGCGAAUUUGACAAUAAACCAA